AUGGAGGGCCUGAGAAAGAUGGCGGGGCUCGGCUUGGUGUUCUCUGGACACCCUCGACGGUUAUACGGCACGAAAGUGGACCUGAGAAAGCUACGGCCGAUGAUUCUGAAGAGAAUCGAGAAACGGGCACAGGGUUACCCGGUCCGCGCCAUGGUUCCGGUUGCCAACGAGGUUCUCCAAGCAAGAAAUGUUAUAAUCCAUGGGGUUUCUACCCUCCUUAAUUUCUUUCCUCUCAUGGCUUGCAAAUUUUGUCCAGAGGUAUAUCUUGGUGAGCAGGGACAUUUAAUUCAGACUUGCUGGGGUUACAAGCAUCGUGCCAAAAAUCGGGUUCACGAGUGGAUUAAAGGUGGUUUGGAUGAUAUACUGGUCCCCGUUGAAUCAUUUCACCUGAACAACAUGUUCCAAAAUGUUAUUAAGCACAAUGAAAGGUUUGACUUUGAUCGCAUUCCAGCUGUUGUUGAGCUAUGCUGGCAAGCAGGGGCUGAUUUCCAUGAUGAAAACCUUAAUUCAAGUAGUUGGAACUCGGAGGCUGCCAGUGGCAGUGUCCCUGCUACAGAACAUUUGUUACCAGAUGAUCUUGCCUCUAUAGCUAGUAAAACACUAACUGCUUGGAAUACUCUUAGGUCUGGGGUGCAGAAGUUGUUGUUGGUUUAUCCAGUAAAAGUUUGUAAAUAUUGUUCUGAGGUUCAUGUUGGGCCAUCCGGCCAUACAGCUAGGCUCUGUGGGGUUUUCAAGUAUGAGAGCUGGAAAGGAGCCCACUUUUGGAUGAAAGCUAAUGUGGAUAAUUUAGUGCCCCCAAAGAUUGUAUGGAGACGAAGGCCUCAAGAUCCUCCUAUACUUGUGAAUGAAAGGAAAGAAUAUUAUGGGCGUGUUCCAGCUGUAUUGGAUUUGUGCUCCAAAGCUGGUGCAAUUGUGCCUGCAAAGUAUAAUUGUAUGAUGAAGUUGAAUGGUUUGGCUGGUUGGAGUCAGGCUCUGAGUCAGGGACAGUUUAGGGGGAAAUUUGACUUGUCAUUAUUUCCAGCUGCAAUAUUUUGCAUAAUUUUAAGGUUGCCUGGCAUAUCUGAUUAUGGAUCCAUUUGCCUCUUAUCUUGCUAUAAUCUUCUAUUGCACGUAGCAAGCUAG